AGUAGAAGAUGGGAAGGCGACGAGGAAGCACAGAAACGCACAAUUAUCCUUACCGCAGCAAAACUCAUCAAAAGUGACAUUAAGACGACAGUUGUGCCAAUUGGGGAGACGUAUCCAACUCUGGCCGAACUGAACCUUAACACAGCGUUAGAUUUUAUCCCUCCAAGUCUGCGAUUCUUGCUGCAGCAUCUGUUUGUUGGGAAGGAUACAACUAGAAAGAUUGCUGGCAUCGGGCAAGCUGUUGUUCAGGCUGUGCGUCCAAGAGCUGUAAUUGCGCCUUUACAGCUUGGUCUCGCUGUGCAAAUGCACCACUUGUACAGGUCACGAUUCUUGAUGGACAGUCUUUCAACCAUGUGGUUUGCUUCAUCAUACCCAGAGGUACAAAGGUUUGAAGAGAACGCGGCAUGUUCACUUGCUGAGGAUGUGUUGGGUGACGUGGAGAUUCUUAAUCAGUCUUUGUUAUUUGCCGCAGACAACGUGGAUCAUAACAUCAUAACCUUGGAUGGAAAGGGUAGCUUUCAUGGGAUGGGUAUGAUAGCGGCUAUCACGCCAGGGAAGCAAGUCAGUUAUGGCAUACCAAGACAGAAAAUGGCUGAGUUGAAAGUUGUUGAAAGGACGAAAAUUGACAUCAUAGAAUACCGCUACACACUACAUGUCAACAGAAACAUUGAAUUUCAGGCCCUCUCAUACACAUCUGAUGUAUGUGAUCGCAAAGUGGACAUUUGCUGGGAAAUGUCCUUUCAGUUCCGCCAGAGUACUCCCAGUUGGAAUGGCAUGAUGCACCUGCUGCAUAAGGAGUGCGAGUAUCCAGGAAAAUCCUCUGUACAGUUUCUACCAAUGAUCGAUAUGAACCCUGGAGACAAAACCUGUAUCUUGUCCACACUAGAUUACCUAUGCAGUCUUUCGUCAAAACACAACAUGCCAACUAUCAUUUCCUUGGAUCAGCCGCUAUUUUGGAAGGCGUCUGAAAUCGUGAACGCUGUUCCAGAUGAUAGUCCAAUCAGGAAUGUGAUACUAUUACUUGGUAGGUUUCAUACCUUCAUGAAUUUGCUGGGUGCUAUUGGCUCUUUGAUGGAUGGCAGUGGACUCAAGGAGAUCAUGGAGACAGUGUAUGGUGAAAAUGCUGUCGUGCACAUUAUGAGUGGAAAGGCAGUCCAACAAGCGUUUCGUGGUCACCUGCUGGUAUAUCAGUGUCUUACACGUCAGAUUGUUGUGAAAAUCCUGGAGGAUGACCCUGGUUUUCAGGACCAAGUGGAUGGACUUGAGAGACUGUACAUGCAGAUGGAGACUGGUGAAUGUGACUUGGAGUCGUUGUUUGAAUCAGAUUGCGUUCGCACGAUUCACAACACUCUAGCUUUGAAAAAGGAUGACUUGGCGAGGACGUCCAAGACCAGCAAACUGUGGGUAAACUAUCAGCACAUUCUAGGGAUCGCUAGGGCACUAGUUGCAGCUGAUCGAAUGGGGUCUUGGGAGAUGCAUCUCGGGGCCGUCUCAGCUUGCCUGCUGAUAUUCGCAGCUGCUGGCCAUACGAAUUAUCUGAAGUCGGCUCAUCUGUAUCUCCAGAAGAUGCAUGCGUUGAAGGAGGACAACCCUGAAGUUCAUCAGAAGUUCCAGUCUGGGUUUCACGUAAUCAGACGCAGAAGCCAAUACUGGGCUGGUCUUGGCUCCGAUCUCGUGAUCGAGCAAACGCUAAUGCGCUCACUUAAAACCCCAGGGGGUCUGACGCGAGGAAGUGGGAUGUCGGAGCACCAGAGAACUGUUUGGGCCAUGUCUUCCACUGUGUCGUCUGCUUACAACCUUGCCAUACAAGAACUUACCACGAGAAAUUACACAACGGCUGAACAACAUAAGGAGUUGUCCACCUCUCGGGUGACCAGAGAUGAGGCAGACCUCGGUAAAACUGCAGAAAAACUAGACAACUUCACACCUUUUUCAGCUGAUGAAUCGUUACGCAAUAUUAUCACAGGGAUUAAUGCCAACGAGGACAUCAAUGUUCAGGACCUUUCUGAAAUAGGAAAAGACGUACAGAAGAUGGACGGGCAAUCGGUGUUCUCCUACUCUCACAAACGGAGUUUGAAGGUGAAGACACUAGCAUCCAGCAAGAAUGUGAAAGUGUCUGAAGAUCGUAGCAUUGACCCAGCGCUUUUAUUUCAGAGGUUCCUGGUUGUCUCACAGACGGGUGAUCUUCGGCUAGACAAAGUCAUGUCGUAUGAACUCUGUCUUUAUCCGAUGUCCUUGUUCGAAGGAAAGCACAUCUUGCGUCAAUCGGACAAACCGCAGCUUGCGGAAGCAAUCAGGAACUAUGUUAAAACCAAAUCAGCCACUGCUGUGACACAAACGGUUCCAGUUACAGAGCAAUAUGUACUAGAUGGAGGAUCUCUUCUUCACUGCUUGAAAUGGACGGAAGGAAGUACCUACAGUUUGAUUGCAGAGCACUACACCUCAUUCACAGUCAAACACUAUGGCAGGGCGACUGUCGUGUUCGAUGGUUAUGGGGAUGGACCGAGUAUAAAGAACUGUACUCAUCAGCGGAGAAGUCAAAAGCUGAAAGCAAACAAGGUGAACAUUACAGAGGUGACCAAAUUUGUCGGGAAAAAGGAGAACUUCUUGUCAAAUGGGGCAAACAAGCAGGCACUGAUCCAGCUGAUCAUGGAACGAAUGCGACAGAAUGGCUGCAACAUUAUUCAAGCGGAAGGUGACGCCGACGUCGAAAUCGCAAAGGCAGCCAUCAGCAUGUCUGCUUUCAGACCGACCACCCUUAUUGGAGAAGACCCAGAUCUUCUUGUUCUCUUACUCUACCAUGCAGACGCUUCCAAGUGCGUUGAACUCUAUUUUUGCUCUGACAAGGCGAAAUCACAUGUCUAUAAUAUCAAGGUCCUCAAACAGGUGCUUGGUGAAGCAGUCUGCAAUGACCGGUUGUUUCUGCAUGCCUUUACUGGAUGCGACUCGGUUUCCAGGGUAUUUGGUAUUGGAAAGAAAGUGGGGUUCCAACGAAUCAUCAAGAAAGAAAAGGCAAUGAAAGACUGUUCAAAAGCAUUCUCUACACCAAAGCAAAGCUGA